AUGCUCAUUGGGAAAGCGAACAUGCACGAGUUGGGCAUGGGCAUUACCGGCAUCAACACAUACACAGGCACCCCCAUCAGUCCUUGGCGUGCAGGCCAUUGCUGUGGAGGCUCAUCAUCGGGGAGCGCUGCAGCAGUGGCAUAUGGUCUGUGCCCCAUUGCAGUGGGAGUGGACGGUGGCGGAUCAACGCGCAUACCUGCAUCCCUAUGUGGCCUUGUUGGCCUGCUGCCCACAACCCAGCGAGUAGGCAAGCAGGGUCACCCCACAAGUUUCACCAUCGCACGUAUUGGCCCAAUAGCCACAUACGUGGAGGACGCCCUCAUCCUGCACACCUUGAUCAGUGAGGCUGGAUCGGCGGGAGGGAUCCCUCCACUGAUCAGCUUGCCAGAGAGCUUGUACACUGGCGAAUCGAGCGACAGGCCCCUGGCUGGACUGAAAAUGGGCAUCUACUGGCAGUGGUUCACAGACGCCGAUGACGAUGUUGUUGAGGCGUGCAGACAAGCAGUGACGCGGCUUGAGUCCCUGGGCGUUGUGAGGGUGGCGAUCAACAUUCCCGAUCUGGAACUGAUGCGCGUGGCCCAUGCCUGCACAAUCGCCUCUGAGCAGUGCGAGUCCACAAACACGCCAUAUGUGAGCAAGAAAUGGCGGAGGCAGAUGAACAACGACGUGAGGAUGGGGCUUGCAAUGGCCAGGACGUUCACAUCCCGGGACUAUAUCCAUGCCCAGAGAGUUCGGCGAAGGAUGAAUACCCAUUUCAAGAAGGCAAUGGCCAACAUCGACAUGAUCGUGACGCCAACAGUUCCCGUCACUGCUCCAAGGAUUCACCCCACUGCACUGAAGUCGAAUGUGAUCGAUUCGGAACAGGUGUUUACUGUCAUGCGCUUCAUGCUGGGCCCCAAUUUCUUGGGGCUCCCUGCAAUAUCGGUGCCCGUUGGGAGGGACUCCGACGGACUGCCCAUCGGGCUCCAGCUCAUCGGCAAGCACUGGUGCGAGCCACUCUUGUUCAAAGUGGCGUCUGCGUUGGAGAGGCAGACACGAGAGUACACGGCCGUACCUGGCUCGGCAAUCAACCCUCUCACGGCGGACUGA